UUGUGUUUAAUUAUCUGUUUCAUUAGCAAGCGUUAAUUAAUAAUUAGCCUCGUAAAUCUCAUAUUUAAACCACAACUCUCGAGGUUUUUUUCUUCGAACUUUUUUUUUUUUAUUUUUUUAAAUAAACCUUUCUCUGCAAGAAGCUCCACCGUCGCGAACGAGCUCCGAGUUUGCUUCCGCUUUCAAUUUUGCUUCUGCUUUUUUUUUUUCCCGGGAUUUUGCUCUGUUUUCUUUUGUCAUUUGCAAAGAUUUGAGCUUUUCCAUUUUCCUGCAAUUUUCACCUGAGAAUUGCGUUCGCCGAACGGUAAUUCGGCAUCUGGGGAAACCGUGGCAUCGAAGUUUUUUUUUAGGAAUUUGUUUUAGGUUAGGGUUUUAGCCUCAAUGUUUUUGAACAAUGUCGACUUAGACAUUGUUCGAAAUCUGAAUUGCGAAGCCUCCGUUUGGGCGGUUCUGAUCUAAAUUGGAGGGUUUUGCGGUGGAUUCCACCUCCAAGGAGAGGAGAACAAAAUGUUGUCUAUAUCGCCAAAUUCAAUGGCUCGGAGCUCAUUGGAGGAAAUGCUGGAUUCUCUCCGGCAAAGGGACGAUAAUGAGAAGCCGAAGGACAUGCCUCCAGCUCUGCCAGCACGUCCCAGGUCAACCUCUCGUGCUCGCCUUCCGUCCACCAAGCGGCCGCUGCCUACGAGCUCUGGAAUUGGGGAACCCGACACAGCCGAGAGCUCAUCCAAUUCUAAUGUGGACAAGGAAGAAAGAAAAGGAUUGAGGCGGAAUAGUUUUGGGUCUAAAAAUGUUAGAGAAAUGAAACCAGGGGAAUCACCUUACCAAAUGGCAGCAUCAGAUGAGAAAGGACAUGAUCUGAAAGCAGAUGAAGAAACCAAGGCCAACCUUGCAAACUCCAAAUCGGGGUUGCUCCAAGGGUUUAGGGAGCCCGAAUUGGAUGACAACUUGGGAUAUUUCAUUAAAAAGAAACUUCGUGUUUGGUGUCGGCUACACAAUGUUCCAUGGCAAUCAGGGCAAAUACAAUCAACUUCAGGGGAAAAAGCUUCUGUUCGGCUUUUGGAUGAAAGUGUUGUGACAGUUCCCACACAAGACCUCUUACCUGCCAAUCCGGACAUCCUUGAGGGGGUGGAUGAUCUUAUACAACUUAGUUAUUUGAACGAGCCUUCAGUUCUUCACAAUCUUCAGUAUAGAUAUUCUCGUGACAUAGUAUAUAGUAAAGCAGGCCCUGUUUUAGUAGCAGUCAAUCCUUUCAAAGAUGUCCAGCUAUACGGGAAUGACUUUGUUACAGCUUAUAGACAAAACCUUCUGGACAGCCCUCAUGUUUAUGCUCUUGCUGACACAGCAUAUAAUGAAAUGAUGACAGAUGGGAUAAACCAGUCAAUUAUCAUAAGUGGGGAGAGUGGUGCCGGGAAGACUGAAACAGCGAAGAUUGCCAUGCAAUAUUUGGCUGCGCUUGGUGGGGGUAGUGGUGGAAUAGAGUCUGAGGUCCUGCUAACAAGCUGCUUAUUGGAGGCAUUUGGUAAUGCUAAAACAGCCAGGAAUAACAACUCUAGUCGAUUUGGAAAGUUGAUUGAGAUCCACUUUACUGCUGCUGGAAAGAUAUGUGGCGCUAAGAUACAAACUUUCCUACUUGAGAAGUCAAGAGUUGUUCAGUUGGCUCAAGGAGAAAGGUCAUACCACAUUUUCUACCAGUUAUGUGCUGGGGCUCCUGAUGGUCUCCGAGGUAGGUUGAGGUUAAAAAGGGCUUCUGAUUACAGCUAUCUCAAUCAGAGUGACUGCUUGACGAUCCAUGAUGUCGAUGAUGCUCAGAAGUUUCAUAUGCUUAUGGACGCCUUUAAUACUACCAGAAUUUGCAAAGAUGACCAGGAGCAUGCCUUUGAGAUGCUUGCUGCAGUAUUGUGGCUGGGAAACAUAUCGUUUCUUGUUAUUGACAAUGAAAACCACAUAGAGGUUGUUGCAGAUGAAGCUGUUACUAAUGCCGCUGGCUUGAUCGGAUGUGGUAUUCAGGACCUAAUGCUUGCUCUGUCAACCCAUAGUAUACAAGCUGGAAAGGAUAAGGUCGCCAAAAACCUGACGCUGCAACAGGCAAUUGACACGAGAGACUCAUUAGCCAAGUUCAUCUACGCGAGUUUGUUUGACUGGCUGGUAGAAAAGAUCAACUUAUCCCUUGCAAUGGGCAAACAACACACUGGGAGAUCAAUAAGCAUUCUAGAUAUCUAUGGGUUUGAAUCAUUCAAGAAAAAUAGUUUUGAACAGUUUUGCAUAAAUUAUGCUAAUGAGAGACUCCAACAACAUUUUAACCGACAUCUCUUCAAACUUGAGCAAGAGGGAUACGAGUUAGACGGAAUUGACUGGACAAAAAUAGAUUUUGAAGAUAACCAAGACUGUUUGGAUCUCUUCGAAAAGAGACCUCUUGGGCUAAUAUCUUUACUGGAUGAAGAAUCAAAUUUCCCCAAAGCUACAAAUUUAACUCUUACCACUAAGCUUAAGCAGCACUUGAAGGGUAAUCAUCGCUUUAAAGGAGAACGCGAUGGAGCAUUUACUGUCCGCCACUAUGCUGGAGAGGUUCUUUAUGACACAGGGGAAUUCUUGGAGAAAAACAGAGAUCUUUUGCAUUCUGAAAUCAUUCAAUUACUCUCAUCAUGCACUAGCCAAUUAUCGCAGUUGUUUGCCUCUAUGCUCAAACAACCCCAGAAGCCUGCAAGUUCGCCCAUCCAGGUGGGAAUGCCUGCUUGUCAGAAGCAAAGUGUGGCCACAAAAUUCAAGGACCAGCUUUUUAAAUUAAUGCAACAGCUUGAGAGCACAACACCACAUUUCAUUCGUUGUAUAAAGCCUAAUAACAAGCAUAUUCCUGGUAUGUUCGAUAAAAACCUUGUGUUAGAACAGCUUAGAUGCUGUGGGGUGCUAGAAGUUGUUAGGAUCGCAAGAUCUGGAUACCCCACCCGGAUGACGCAUCAAGAAUUCACAAGAAGAUAUGGAUUUCUACUUCCUGAAAAUCAUACUUGUCAAGAUCCUUUGAGUACAUCAGUUGCCAUUCUGCAGCAGUUCGAUAUCCUCCCUGAGAUGUACCAAGUUGGUUAUACAAAAUUAUACUUCCGAACGGGACAGAUUGGUUCCUUGGAAAAUGUUCGAAAACAAGUUCUGCAAGGUACUCUUGAGGUGCAGAAGUGCUUCCGUGGUCAUCGUGCUCGUCGGUAUUUUCACGAGCUUAAAGGAGGGGUAGUAACAUUACAAUCAUACGUUCGUGGUGAAAUCGCAAGAAAGGAGUACAGUAUUUUACUCAGUUUGAAGAAGCAGGCUGCUUGCAAGAAGCUUGAUGAGCAGCUUAUGGCAGUCGUGCAAAUACAAUCUGUCAUCCGUGGGUGGUUGGUACGGAGGUAUUUUAGUAGCCUUCAGGAUUCAAAAGAGUCGAAUGUUAGUAAAAGGAGACCAGGCAGGAGGAGUUCUGAAAUCAAGGACCUGCCUCUAGAAGUAUUGCCUUCAAUUGUUGAAGAACUUCAAAAGCGGAUUUUGAUGACAGAAGCGGCCCUUGGAAGGAAGGAAAAAGAAAACGCAGCCCUGAGAGAGCAAGUGCAACAAUUCGAGUCUCGCUGGUCGGAAUAUGAAACCAAGAUGAAAUCCAUGGAGGAAAUGUGGCAAAAGCAGAUGGCAUCUUUACAAAUGAGUUUAGCUGCGGCAAAAAAGAGCCUUGGUACCGACAACACAACAGGACAACCAGAAAAACAUCAUGGGGCCCAAUCACCUUCUUUUUACGAUUCCGAGGAGAUGUCUUUUGGACCACACACUCCUAGCGGUAGCACCCCUACCAGAAUUUUGAACAAUGGCACCAACACAAACGGUGGCUUAAAUUCAAUCAGCACACUUGCGAACGAGUUUGAACAGAGUAGGCGGAAUUUCGACCACGAAGCCCAAGCAAUUGUGGAGGUUAAGUCAGCAGAUACUGUAAAUUCAGUAGAGGAUAUACGGAGCCUGAAGUACAAAUUUGAGGCAUGGAAAAAGGAUUUCAAAGUUCGGUUAAGAGAAGCAAAGGCGAAAGCACACAGGCUCGGAUAUGGCGAUGCCGAGAAAUAUCGUCGGAAAUGGUGGGGAAAGAGAACUAAAAGAUUUUAAAAACAUCAAUAAAUUCGAUUCUUUUUAUUUGUUUUGUUUGUUCAAGUAAUCUGGUUAUAUAAGCAACUUUGCAAUGACUGUGAGAUGCUUCUUUUCAGGAACGCCCCACAAAAUCGAUUCGGUUUAUGCUAGUUAGGUGUGUGUGUGUGAUGUUGUCAUUGUGUUAAUGGCUUCUUUUCGUUUCUCGUGUAUAGCGUGUGUUUGUUAAUGUAGUAAGGUUUAGAAUGUAGUAGGAUAUAGGUAGUGUGUAAAAACCGGGGACUCGGAAGAAAAAUGGAAGGAGCACGAAUCAAACACCUUGUAAUUUGCUACAUCAUCCUUUCAGUCUUCUAAUUAAGAGCUGUUUAAAUUAGGCAUGCUAGAUUUAUUUCGUGCAAAUAUUAUAUGUUUAUAUGUUACAUUCAGUUUU